AUGACGACGAGCGACAACGUGAACGGAUGUUUUGGAGACACGAAGCUGACCAAAGUGUUCGUAGGAGGAUUGGCUUGGGACACUCAAAAAGAAGCAAUGCAUGAUCAUUUCAUCAAGUAUGGUGAUAUCUUAGAGGCAGUCAUCAUCUUCGACAAACUCACUCGCCGUUCCAAAGGCUACGGCUUCGUGACUUUCAAAGAUGCGGAAGCCGCGAAGAGGGCUUGCGAAGACUCGACUCCGAUUAUCAAUGGGCGCCGUUCCAACUGCAAUCUUGCCUCCCUCGGUGGCCGUCAUCGUAGAUCCCCCACCGCCAUGGCCUCUCCUCAGGAAGGAUCAAAGAAUGUGAGUAGGGCCACGUCAGGACAUGUAGGGAAUAAUCAAGCUCAAUGGUACUACCCUGCGGGAUUCACACACCAGCAACAUCAACUUCAACGACAACACCAUCAUCAUCAAGCCGUUCCAUUCUAUGGGUAA